GGGGCCGCCGGUUGGGUUGGGGAGAGGGCGGUGGGUCACGCGACAUGACAUUUUAAGGAGAAAUAAAAAAAAAACACACACACAAACAGAUUAAAAAAAAAGGAAGGUAUUCUAGUUCCCAAUCCCAUGUCGCGAAGUAAAAGCAACGCUCCCGAAACCCUUCGUGCUAAAUAACCGUUAAGCGGCGUGCGAAAGAGAGAGAGAGAAAGAUAAGUAGACUAAAAAAAAACAAUAAGUUGAGCUUCACCAGGGCCACCAGUGUGGAACAGAGGACGAAGAUCCCCGCCUGCCCCGUCCCAGGGUGAAAGCAACAACCACCCCUGACCCACCCAGAACGUGCGAAGAAAUUGGGAACAAUAGAGGCUGCUGAGGCUAAAGGGGGGGGGGAUGGAGAAGGGGUUGCUGUCACCACGAUCGAACACGAUGAUGCUGAUCAGCCCCCGCGCGUUCGCCCGAAAGUCCCAAACCUGUUUGGGAAAUGGGACCGGGACACAGCACCACAGGACAAGCGAAGACAUCCGACCGGCCGAAAAGGUAUAAAUGAUAGUGGAGAGGCGAUUUUCACCGUCAGAAUAUCGGCACGCCCUGGGUUGAAGAGACUGUGCGCUGCUAAAAAAAGCAUAAGCGUUGAAGGGUUUAUAAGGGCAUCCGGGAGUGCCAGCUGGGGGUGUUGUUUUCGGUCUGCCAAACCGAUCAGACAGAGAAAAGAAGGGCAUUGUUAAACGUGUUAAUCAUUCCACGCAGUGUUUGAGUGUCUGUUUGUGUGUGUGUGUUUUAGGUGCUUAGAAUAAGUAUUUAAUCCGCCCCUCAAAAUGCAACGUGCGUCAGUGCUCGUGUCCCUGCUGCUGCUAGUGGUGGUGGGUCGUGUUGCGACGGAAGCGGACCCCGAGCCGCAGGGACAAACAGUGAGCGUACCGCCGGCAGCACCGAGCCUCACCGAUCCACUCCCGUUCGAUGAGCCCACGGUGGAACGGUUCUUCACCGCCGUUAAGAGCCAGCUGCGCUGCGGCUAUCCCAUGUUCGGCAUCCCGUCGCUCGUACCGCUCAAGCUAAGCUACACCCUCAAGACGUCGUUCGAUCUGCUUUCGCUUAAAAAAAUCAAUGUGGUAGCGUCCAACUUUACCGUGUACGGGCUGAACGACUUCACCUGGGACCCGUCCCGGACGCGGUUCACCCGCACGUCCGCCACCGUGCCGCUCUCCUUCCCGAACGUGACCGCGUUCGCGCACACCUCGCUGAACGGUGCGAACGGUACGUCGUACGUCCAGCUGCGCAACGUCACUGUCCGGCUGGACGCGCAGUACGAGGAAAAGGACGACCUGCUGUACGUGACCGAGCUCGGCGGUUCGAUUCUGCUCGAAGAUGCGAAGGUAAAGAUUGCCUCGCUCUUCCCGAAGAGCGCCAAGCUGAGCAAGAUCUGGAACAAGGCGAUCGGCAAAUCGCUCCCGAUACUGGUGGAGCUGUUCAACGGCGGCAAGCUGAAGAUCGAGUACCUGAGCCGGCUGCUGAGUGGGGCCAAGUUCUACGCGAUGAACACGAUCAACAACGCGCUCAACACGCACGGUCUCAGCUUUGACCGGCUGGUCGAGAGCAUGGCCAAGUUCGCGGACGGUUCGCCCGACUCGCUGCAGUGCGACGGUACGGCCAGCGACACGCUCGUCGGAUGGCUGCGAGCGUAGGACGGGCACAAGUGUGUUCUUGUGUGUGUCUGUUCUAUGUGUGAGUGUGCGUGUGUGCUCGUUUGCUUUUGCUAAAGGAUAAGAGACUGCCACCCCAAGUGUCCCUCUCUCAUCGACUCAUUGGCAGUGUGUAUGUUGUGUUUUUGUGGAGAUGGCACACAUGGGAGGAGGUGAUUGUUUUCCCCCCAAUAAAGUAUACUGUAAUGCAAUAU